AUGCUCUCCAGGACAAAAGAAUACAACUCGACACUUUCCAAUUUCAGACAGGAGGACGACGUUUUCCAGGAUGGCUUCCUCCAGGCCGUCUACACCAGCGACAUUUCAGCUGAGGCACUCGGCGCCUGUGCUUCGUUCUCGGAUGAAACCUACGGAACCAAGCUGUUCAUGACCAGGGGAACGAACGUCACUGGCGCCGUCUCCGCUGCAUUAAAUUCUACCAUCCCGAGCGGCCCGUACUUCGUCUCCACUGCAACCGGGAACAUCUUCAAGGCCUACCGACUGUAUCGGGAUGACUACUUAGCCUUCACGCAGCCCGUCAUCAGCGACGAACGAGACGGCUUUCUCCCCCUUCCAGCAACAACCGGGGACCUGAUGACCCGCAGCAUCGCAGUCCCAUCACGACUCUACUCCACGCCAUCCACCUCCCAGCCGCUCGCCGGCCUCCGCUUCGCCGUAAAAGACAUCUUCCACAUCAAAGGCGUCAAGACCAGCGGCGGCAGCCGCGCGUACUACUCGACCUACGGCACGCAAAACACGACCGCGCCGUCCGUCCAGCGUCUCCUCGACCUCGGCGCCGUCCUGGUGGGCAAAACGGGCACGGCGCAGUUCGCCAACGGAGAUCGCCCCACUGCCGACUGGGUCGACGUGCACUGCCCGUUCAACCCGCGCGGCGACGGCUACCAGCAGCCGUCGGGCUCGUCGACGGGGUCGGCCGUCGCGGUUGCAGCGUACACCUGGCUGGACGCGGCCGUCGGCAGCGACACGGGCGGCUCGAUGCGCAGCCCAGCCCGGCUGAACGGCGUAUUCGGAAACCGGCCAUCCACCGGCGCCGUGUCCAUGGACAGCGUGCUCCCCUUGUCGCCACACCUGGACACGGCCGGUCUGUUCACGCGCAGCGGCGCGCUAUGGGCGAACGUUACGCGGCACUGGUAUGGCGACGGCGCGUCCAACUUCUCAGCGUAUCCGCGCAGCAUAUACAUCUCGAGCGACUCGAGAGACGGGUCGGUCCCCGAGGCCCUCGCCCUCUUCGACGCCUUCGUCGACCGGCUGGCGCGCUUUCUCAACGCCACCAGCACCGACAUCGUCGACGUGCGGCAGCGCUGGGCCGACAGCGCGAACCACAGCGUCCCCCUCGACCACCUCCUCAACACCACCUACGCCAUCCUCACCGCCGUCGACCAGUACAACCUGCUCGGCGCCCAGCUGAUCACCGACCACGCCGCCCUGCACUCUGGCGCCCGCCCCUACAUCAACCCCAACCCGCGCACGCGCUGGGCCUGGGGCCAGCAACUCACCGCCGCCGACCCUUCCGCCUACGUCGCCGCCGUGCGGAACAUGACCUUUUUCCGUUCCUGGUGGCUCGACAGCAUCAUCCGUCCCUCCGCCGCUACCUGUUCCGAGGGGCUGUACGUGUACCUGCGGGCGUCCGGCACGGCGAGCUACCGCGACGAGUAUUUCGAGCCGAGCGCGGCGCCGCCGACGGGCUUUGCGGACUGGACGAUUGCCGGGUGGGCGGGCGCGCCGGAGGUGGUGGUGCCGGUGGGGGAGGUGGCGUACCAGAGCGAGGUGACUGGCCGGACGGAGUGGUUGCCGGUGAUGGCGACGGUGCAGGCGGGGAGGGGGUGCGAUGGGAUGUUGGCGGGGUUGGUGGGGGAGAUGGAGGGGAGGGGCGUGGCGAGGGCGGUGAGGGCGGGGAAGAGGUUGUAUGGCGGGGAGGAGGAGGAGGAGUAG